UACAGAUUUUUUUCACGAAAAGUGAAAACUACCAAAAUUUUUAUCAAAGUGCUACAGAAAUUCCGACAGUAAUUAUAAAUAUCGUAAUAAAAAUACCAAGAAUGAGAAUAUCCGUAUGCGUCUGAAUAAUUUUAUCGGCGUUUGUGAAAUAUUGUAUCAAAAUAUUUUUAGUUUUGCAUACUAUGUCUAUUUCGGUCCAAUAGAGAUAUUACAUGAAGUGAAAUGCCGGAACAUUUAGAAUUGCAGCAUCUUGUGGAUUUAUCGGCAGGCAGUGGGGACGAGACUUUGCCCAAUUUACUGGAAAAUAAAAGGCCGCUUAUCAAGCGAUGUCCGUACCUCGGCUUAAUACUGGCGACUUUAUCGUCAUUGUUCUUUUCUUUAUGUUCAGUGAUAGUGAAAAGCCUGGUUAACAUAGAUCCUAUGCAGUUGGCUAUGUUUCGUUUUAUAGGGGUUUUGUUGCCUACUAUACCUAUUGUUAUAUACACGGAGCAACCGGUCUUUCCACAGGGUAAACGGCUGCUACUCGCUUUGCGAUCGAUAGUGGGCACAUUUGGCUUAAUGUUAAGUUUCUAUGCGUUCCGAAAUAUGCCACUGGCUGAUGCUUCUGUGAUUGUUUUUUCAGUCCCCGUUUUUGUUGCAUUAUUUGCUCGGGUGUUUCUGAAGGAGCCUUGUGGUAUUUGGAACACAAUUUCUAUCAUACUUACACUGAUUGGUGUAAUAUUGAUCACCCAUCCCCCAUUUUUGUUUGGCGAUGACUCACCCACUGAGCAUAAUGAAAACUAUAAUAGCCUGAGGGGUGCUGUCGCAGCAUUUAUAUCAACUAUAUUUGGUGCUAAUGCGUAUGUUUUAUUGCGUGUACUUAAAGGGUUACACUUUUCUGUAAUCAUGACAAACUUUGGGGCAUAUGCCAUAGUACAAACAUUAUUUUAUUCAUUUGUAUUUGGAUUACUUUGCAUGCCAAACUGUGGCACAGAGAGAUUUUUGGUUGUUUGUCUAGCACUAUUCAGUUAUUUGGGCCAAAUUUUACUGACAAUGUCCUUGCAAAUGGAACAAGCUGGUCCUGUUGCCAUUGCUCGUUCAGCAGACAUAGUAUUUGCUUUUCUGUGGCAAGUCAUGUUCUUUAACGAAAUACCAAGUAAGUUUUCAGUAUGUGGUGCAAUAUUAGUUUUGAGUUCGGUCAUGUUGGUUGGUUUACGCAAAUGGGCAUUAGCUUUGCCUAAAGAUUCACAGUUAAGGAACAAACUUGGUGUGCUGGCACGAUAACUUCAAAGCUAACUACACAAAUACCAAUGAAUUUCACAGUAUGUAAGAUUUUCACACAGUGUACCUUACAAUAUUAAUGUAUUUUAGACAUUAAGGCUGCAGGUAUUAUAUGUAUUCUAUAAUAUGUAAUAUUACUACUAUAUACUGGGCUAUGAAUUUUUAAAUACUCAAAUAUGUUACUGAACAUAUAAUUAUCUAUAAAAUUUUUGUUUUUGUCCUUUUUACACCAAAAUCUAAAUUUGCUCAUUCAAAUGGAGUAUUUUUGCCGCUGAACUUGUCAUCAUUUUAUUUUACUUAAAUAUAUUUAGGUGGCUUUAAUUAUAGUAAAGGAACAGACACAAUAAUUAUUAUUAUGUAACAUUAUACUGUACUUAAAUGAACCUUCACCCUAUAAGACUGUUAAUUAAGUCCACUUUUACCUGAGUUGUGUGUCUUUGGCCUCUAUUAUUGCUUGUCUAGUCAUUGUAUUCCUCGCUUAUUGUAAGUUAUGUAAUAUUGAUUCACCAAAUAAGAUUGUUAACUACACUCUAGUCUUAUUAAAAUUAUUUCUCACUUGUACAUUGUUACUUAUAUUUUGAAUAUUGAACAUUUUAAAUUGAAUUUAACUUAUCUAAUUGUUUGUUGUUUUCUCAUAUUAUAAUGCUGUUAUAGUGUAGAUUUUAACAAUAAUAUAUUAGGAGAUAAAGUAUUAUGUAUCAGGUUAAAAUUUAAUUCACAAUCACAAUUUAUCGCAAUGUUGUCCAUCAUACAUAUCAUAAAAUUGAUAUUUUAGUUUCUAAAUUUUAUGAUAGUUAAAUUUAAUUUUUAUAUGAAAACGUUAUUAGUUAAUUAUGGAAUAAUUUUAUCUUAAUAAUUUGAUUUAUAAGUGAUGUUAUAACUAGUCAUGGAAAUGCUAACUUGAAUAUUCUUAUGUUGAAUUAAUUUAUUCUGAAAUAUAUUUAUAGCUUUAAGCACAUGCACUACAUAGACGCUAUUUAAUUAUUGUGAAAUAACAAUAGGUGUCCUAAACAAUGUUUAAAAUGUUAAUAAUUUAUUAAUUGACCUAUGUAUUUAUAAUCGUUGCGUUAUUGACUGUAUAUAAAUUGAUUGGAUUGUGAUAUUUUUACUUCUAGUCUUACGAGACCAUGUAAUUUGCUUUUAUUAAAUGAAAAUCAAUAUUG